AUGAGCAGCUCCAGUGAUUUUGCGAGUCUUGAUGUCUCCAGAUUCCAGACGGGCAAGCGCCCAGAAGGUACAGAAGACUUCAUCAUGCAGCAAACUAUGCUUCGUAUCAAAGAUCCAGUUAAGAGCCUUGAAUUCUACUGCGAUGUGCUCGGAUUUCGACUGGUAAUGUAUUUGGAAUUUCCACAUUGGGGAUUCAAUGUAUAUUUCGUGUGUCCGAGUAACGUUUCUGAUAUACCCGAGGGUCAAGCCGCUCAGUGGGAGUACUGCAUGAAUACUCCUGGGACCAUUGAGCUUACAUGGAACUACGGAUCGGAAUCGGAGGAAGGUCCUGUGUACAACACGGGAAAUGCUGAUUCGACCGGAACACAAGACGGUGCAAAGAUUAAGGGGGGGUUUGGUCAUAUUGGAAUCACAGUCCCAGACGUGUACGAAGCUUGUGAACGAUUCAAGAAGCUUGGCUGCACGUUCCAUAAGACCCCGAACUCUGGAGGUAUGAAAGGACUAGCCUUCAUCAAAGACCCAGACGGUUACCUUGUGGAAAUUCUUCCCCGGGGUCCUUUUGUCACAAAGUCAAUUGACUGCGACGGCAUUCCAGCGGAGGGAGGAGAUGAAUACAAAGACAACUCGAAGUAG